GUCGCGCCGGAAAUCUUGUUCAUUCUUGUCUGCGACCUGCUCGAAUAAACAGCGAAGUACAGCCUCGCCAAAGACUAGCCGCCAUCUUGGUUUUACAGCGCCCUGAACCGUGAGGUUGUGCACCGGAAGCGAUACGAGAAUGUGGGUAUCAAAAUGUUUGGAGUUUUGCAGCCUAAAGGAAUCGGUGUGAGCGGCCUGUUCGAAGCACUGUGGGAGCAAGCAAUCCGCAAUUGGACAAAGCGUGCCGGUAAACGCCAACUAACUCACGAACAAUAUGUAGCAUUUAUGGUACAGGAGAUUAGUGGCUUGUUCGAGAACGGCUUUCCGUACCGCCACCUGCUAAACUUGCGUCCGGAUGGGAAAAACAAUGCCAAAGCCAAGGUUCUGCGCAAUCUGGGAAACAGUUUGUACCAUCCGAUUCGGGCAGUCGCGAUGAGCGAAGCGCUGUUGUAUUACAACGAAAGUAUCGCACACGCAGCGAAAGGAUCGAAAGCAAGAGCCCUAGCGUACGGGAAUCGUGCCGCGGUUUGUUACCACUAUCGCCGGUACGCUGAUUGUUUGGAGAAUGUGAGGUUAGCGCGCGCGUCCAACUAUCCGGACCGACUUGCGGCAAAGCUGAAGCAACGGGAAGAGCAAGCUAAGAUUGCGAUGGAGCAGAACCUUUGCGAACAUUUGCAACGCAGCGGCAGGACAACGGAUUUCGUUGCUGAAGAGCUUAAAUUAUGCUGCCAAGCACACGCGAACGUACCGCAAAUGGCGGAAUGUCUACAGCUGGUUCGUAACGCGCAAUUCGGACAGCAUAUAGUGACGAGUCGUCCACUCAAGGUAGGCGAUGUGGCGCUGUUCGAGAAACCGUUCGUUACCAUGGUGAGUCACGAAUUUCGCCAUCUGCGUUGUGGUUACUGCUGUUCCGAAGCGAACUGCUUCACGCUCAUCCCGUGCGAAGGUUGCACCAUGGAGAUGUACUGUUCCGAGGAAUGUUUGAGCAAGGCGUACCAGGAGUACCAUCGGUACGAGUGCGGCAUCGUUCGAGAUCUGAAGCGCAUUGCGGACGAUCCUAUUAAUGGCGUGGAGGGUAUCGCAGUAGCGGUGGCAAUCGUCACGUUUGGCAACGAUCUAGACACCCUUCAAAAGCAUCUCAAUGGGCUAGACGAGUCGAAGGUGAACGCGUUUACGAUGGACUGGAACACGGCAACGGUCAAGGAUAUCUACAACACGGUGCAUGUACUGGCGACCAAUGCAGAAUCUCGCGACCGCAAAGAUAUGGCGCUGCAAAUCUUCCAUUCCACCAUCAUACAUCGACUCGUGCUGGAGCGGACCGAGCUGGGAGCGAUGUGCGCAGCAAAUCCCGACAGAAGCAAACUGCUAUUCGAUUUGAUCCUGCGCCACUGGCAAAUUUGCCAAACGAAUCGCAAAGCAAUGGAUCAAGUGGUGACCCGUGUAGAGCGGUCUGAAGGUGAAGGUGAAGAAGAAUACACUCCCAGCUUUGAAACUUUUGCCAUUGGUUACUUCCCGCUGAUGAGCAUGCUGAACCAUUCCUGCGUUCCGAAUGUAAUGCGGCUCGCGCUGAACGAUGGACGCAGUGCGCUGGUGGUCACCAAACCAGUUGAUGCCGGAGAGCAGCUGUUCGAAUCCUACUUCUCACGUGAUAUGUUAGAUAAUCCCGUGCUAGCGUUUUACAUGGAGAAGUACUACAAAUUUAUCUGCCAAUGUGCUGCCUGCGAGAUACCGGACGGUGAUUGUUACUGCCUGGCAAACUGGAACGAUAUGCGAUUUUUGCAAAAAGUCAUUAUGACGAAACCGGUGUCUAAGAGGUUGAAGCCACUGGUGACUUGCAUGAACGAGCCUGGACGAUGGUAUCCUGCGAACCAACUAGCCCCGCUUCAGCUAUAUCUAAUGCGUCUUCUGAUAGCUAUGUAUAGCGCUCCGCCAACUGUACUGCUGUUUGUUGAAGGCACGUUGCGCAAGCACGCACCCUUGAAGGCAGUUAUUAACUAGCCUAGCCUUUUUGCCCUGCUACAUUCGUUUCCUAUUCAACUGAACUUAAUCUAAUUGGUCUUUGCGGUCAUAAUUCAAAAAUUAUAAGCUCUACCAUUGCUCAUGAAUAUGAUCAAACAUCAAACUCGUGAGCCAGUAGUAAGCCCAAGCUUGCCUUAGAGGCAUAGUUCAACUAAAUGAAACAUUAUGAAUAAAUACCUAUCCUUUUGUACCGCUUAGAUAAAAGGUACGUAAAAACUUA